CUCUGGUUCAUGGACAUUCAUGGAUCCAAGAUGUCGAUAUAAUCGUUCAUGCAUACGCUGUUAGGUUCGGCUCGGUUAAAUCUGUGCUCAUAAGUAAUACGAGUGCUGUUAAUUAUCAUCUAAUUACGCGUAGUGCUAAUUGUAAAAGACAGGAAAUAAUAAAGUCUAAAACAAUAUGAUGCAAUUUAUGUUACUGUUCAGCCGUCAAGGAAAGCUUCGCUUACAAAAAUGGUAUGUCGCACAUCCGGAUAAAUUAAAGAAAAAAAUUACACGUGAAUUAAUAACCACAAUACUCGCACGUAAGCCCAAAAUGUCGAGUUUCUUAGAAUGGAAGGAUGUCAAAGUUGUCUACAAGAGAUAUGCAAGUUUAUAUUUUUGUUGUGCAAUUGAGCAAAAUGACAAUGAAUUGCUUACUUUAGAAAUUAUACAUCGAUAUGUUGAAUUGCUGGAUAAGUAUUUCGGCAGUGUAUGUGAGUUGGAUAUAAUUUUCAAUUUUGAGAAGGCAUACUUUAUAUUAGAUGAAUUACUUGUUGGUGGUGAAAUUCAAGAAACUAGCAAGAAGAAUGUUUUGAAAGCCAUUGCUGCUCAGGACUUGUUACAGGAGGAAGAAACUCCUCAGGGAUUCUUCGAGGAUCACGGACUGGGAUAAUGUUCUUUAAAACGCGCGCACAUGAUUAUCUAAGAAACACACACCUAUAUAUAUAUAAAAUCAUUCCAUAUUUUUUGAGGCUACAGAUCCUUUUGACUCUGAUAUUUUACACGUCUCUUUUACAUAUUACUUUAAUUAGCCGCAUUUACAUCGAUAAAUGAUAGAGUGACAGACACAAUUAAAUAUAUUUUAAUAUAGGCAUAAGCAAAGCUGCGCUAUCCAACGUAUGUUCUACUUUUGCUUCUUUCAAUUAAAAAAAAGAAUUUUUUAAACUCAUCUGCUUCGAGUGGUAACUUAUAUAACCUGAAAACUUCUAUUGCUUAUUGAAUGAAAAAGAAAUGACGAAACAUUUUGAAAUUAUCAACACGAUAAUGUAAAAAUUCCGUGCUUUUUUGACAUAUCACAUGAAAUAGGGAAAUAAGAUUUCAUUUAAGGUCAUUAAAUUUCUCAUCUUUUUUCUUAAUUUCAUCGACUUUUUUUUUAAAAGGAGGUAAUUACAGAAACUCUCUAUUUAUAUAACAAUAUGAAACGUUAUGGUUAGGUGAAGUGAAGUUACACAUAUAAGCUAUACAGAUCGAGUUUAAAACCUUGUUUAUACAUAAUCACUUGUUACGCGAGAUGUGAUGUAUUGUUAAUUAAAUAUCAUAUAUUCUGUAUUACAUAAUAUAUCAUUAAUGAAAUUCCGGGUAUUUCUCUGAACCUACAUACAAAUAUGCUAUAAUGCUCUAUAAUAAAAUAAGUGUCGUCACAUUUUUAAUCAAUGUUAAAGAGGAAAGUUGAAUAUAUAAUCUAUAGUAUAAUGAGGGCAAGCUCUGUGUUGGAAUGUAUUGAGAGAUAUACAGACUGUGCUAGACGAAGAAUGGGAAUCAAUAGCUGGCAUUUAUUCUUUAACGAUAUUCGAGACGGUUCAUUAGUAAAUAUCAAAGUUUGUGUAAUGUUCUCAAUCCUAUUAUUAUUGUCAUUACUAUUGUUACAUACAUGGCACUUCCCACGUCAUUUAAGAGUUGAAGGAAUGUACAGAGUAUUCCAGACUCUCUUCCGCAAUUUUUGUGAGAACGUAGAACGAAUCGAAAUGAACACAAAAGUCCUGUACCUGUUUUGCGAUUUUCGCAAUAAAUCGAGAUAUUAAUUGAAAAAGAUUGAUGAAUGAUAUUCACGCACGAUAUAGUAGAUGAGUGUAGUGACGAUGUGUGUUGUUGUAUGCUUGUACAUUUGGUCAAAUUGAAUAAAAAAAUUAUCACUUUACAAAUAAUCAUGUAGAUUUUUAGUUAUUAAUCUUUAGGCUGCCGGUAUUUUUCAUUAAAAAAUAAAAUAAAUGGCUUUUUUUCUCAGUA